UCAGUUUUGGGACCUGCUUACACCUUUCCUGGAGCUUAGACCGCAAGGAAGGUCACAGCAAAAUCCAUUGGAACCGGUGACCUAGAAGAGGGCAAUGAAUGGUGCUGAGAGUUAACACCAUAGACAUAGACCCUCCACUGACAGGGGUUUUCUAUGUGGGUCCUGCUGCAAUGGCACUUGGAUUUUGCAGUAGUUGUCUGAAGAGAAGGCUAAAUGCACUGCCCAAGAACUGGCCUCAAGUUUUAAGUCAUGGAAUUGCAAGAACCAUUUACAGUGAGACGGGACAGUGGGAGAAAGUAUAUGGAAUAGAAAAUAGAAAAAAGGUGGAAACAUUUUGGCACCAGAAGAUAAAAGACAACUUUACAUCAAUCAAUGAAUUAGAUAGAUCAAAACCAAAGUUUUAUGUCUUAUCAAUGUUUCCAUAUCCAUCUGGGAAACUGCACAUGGGCCACGUGCGGGUUUACACACUUAGCGACACAGUUGCCCGCUUUCAGAGGAUGCGAGGCAUGCAGGUCAUAAAUCCAAUGGGAUGGGAUGCAUUUGGACUGCCAGCUGAAAAUGCUGCGAUUGAACGGGGUCUGAAUCCUGACACCUGGACUAAAAGCAAUAUUGAGCACAUGAGGCAGCAGUUAGAAAGAAUCGGCCUAUCGUUUAGCUGGGAUAGGGAAAUCAGCACCUGUUCUCCCGAGUACUAUAAGUGGACACAGUAUUUGUUUGUGAGAAUGUUUGAAGCUGGACUUGCUUACCAGAAAGAGGCCUUGGUUAACUGGGAUCCUGUAGAUCAGACCGUGCUUGCCAAUGAGCAGGUGGAUGAAAAUGGAUGCUCGUGGCGCUCUGGAGCCACAGUGGAACAAAAAUAUUUAAAACAGUGGUUUCUUAAAACAACAGUAUAUGCAAAGGCAAUGCAAGAGGCUUUAGAAGAUCUCCCUGAAUGGUACGGUGUUAAAAGUAUGCAGGCUAACUGGAUUGGUGAUUGCACUGGCUGCUUUUUUGACUGCAUGUUAAAGGUGGACAAUGUUGAAACUGGAGAAAUAAUUUCUGCCUAUGCCUUUCACCCAGAGGCUAUUUAUGGUGCAUCUUAUAUUGCUGUUUUACCAAACCACAGAUUACUGCAUGGGGACAGCAAGGUUAAAGGAGCCCUACAAGAAGCAUUUGCAGCAGGCAAAGAUUGUCUAACUCGUGUGUCAGCUGUAAAUCUUUUCACUAAACAAGAGCUCCCACUUAUCAUAUCUGCAAAAUGUGAGUUUGAGGGAUAUCUUGACUGUAAAAUAGGAAUUCCAAGUACAGAUCUGGAAGAUGCCGUGUUGGCAGAUUCAUUGGGUAUUUCCUAUGCCAGGAUUACAGAAACAAUUGAAGAUGGUACCGAGAGGAUAACAAAUUCAGCAAAAUUCACAGGACUGUCAAGACAUGAUGCCUUCCAUGCCAUAACCAAACAAGCUCAGGAUGAAGGGGUUGGAGGUCACCUGACCAGUUCCAAACUGAGGGACUGGCUGAUAUCAAGGCAGCGUUACUGGGGCACUCCUAUACCUAUUAUCCACUGUUCAUCCUGUGGCACAGUCCCUGUACCUUAUGAUGACUUACCAGUUCUCUUGCCUACAGUGUCUACGUUCACAGGGAAAGGGUCAUCUCUCUUAGCAACAGUUUCAGACUGGAUAAACUGCAAAUGUCCAAGGUGUUCUGGAGCAGCUGUGAGAGAGACAGAUACCAUGGAUACUUUUGUUGACUCUGCUUGGUAUUUUUUGAGAUAUACAGAUCCUCUGAACUCUGAAAGGCCAUUUGACAAAUGCUUAGCUGACUUUUGGAUGCCUGUAGACCUGUACAUUGGAGGAAAGGAGCAUGCAGUGAUGCAUUUGUACUAUGCACGAUUUUUCAACCAUUUCUGCCAGGCCCAGGGCAUGAUGGAACACAGGGAACCAUUCAAUAAGCUUUUAGUACAAGGCCUCAUCAAAGGACAAACAUUUAGGCUUGCAUCAACUGGGAAAUACUUAGAGAGAGAUGAAGUGAACAUAAGUGGCAGUGAACCAGUUUAUGCAAAAACUGGAGAAAAGCUGCAAAUAACUUGGGAGAAGAUGAGCAAAUCCAAGCACAAUGGAGUAGAUCCAGAGGAAAUGGUCAGCAAAUGUGGCAUUGACACCACUCGCCUGUAUCUGUUAUUUGCUGCCCCUCCAGAGCAAGACAUAUUAUGGGAUAUGAAGGCUGAUACAAUAUCUGGUGUUCAAAGGUGGCAGUCUCGUGUGUGGGCAUUAACAAGCAAGUUCAUUGAUGCCCGAAACUCCUCAGUAAAACCGAACCCUCAAAUUCUGCACAAGAACGAAAUAGCAGAAGCAAAAAAAAUCUGGCAAAACAGAAAUCACACUGUUAAUGAGGUAACCAACUACUUCACUAAGGAUUUCAUUUUCAAUGCAGCUAUUUCCCAGCUAAUGGGUCUAAGCAACCUACUCUCGCAAUCAUCUGCCGGAGUUAUUCAGCACAGCAGAGAGUUUGAAGAAGCAUUGGCCGACCUCAUCAUUAUGAUUUCACCAAUGGCCCCACAUUUGGCUUCGGAGUUAUGGAAAGGUAUGAGUCAUGUGACUCAUAAACUGUGUACACAGUAUGACUGGAGCAAAGAUGUCCAUUCCCAGACCUGGCCCACACCUGACCCAGCAUUCUUCAGUCAACCUGACAUCGUAGAAGUUUCAAUACUGAUUAAUAACAAAAGCUGUGGCUCUGUCAGUGUACCAUUCACUGUGUCCCAAGAUGCUGAAAAGGUGCAAGACCUUGUUAUGCAAAGUGAUUUUGGUACCAACUACCUUCAGGGCCGGACUAUCAAAAGAGUAAUUCUAUCUCCACGAAAAGCUCUUGUUAACUUCCUUGUGCAGGAGUGAAGAUUUCUAACACAGACACUUGAACCAAGUAACACCACCACAGAAUACACACUCUGAGCUUGGUAUUUGCACUGGCCCAAUGUUAUUCAUGGCAUCCAGCUAUUAAGUGUCUCUCUUAUAUGGAAGGAUUCACUGUGACAUGAUUCAGCUGCCAAAAAGACAAUCUUUACAAAUGCCACUAUCAUGGAACGCAUGGAAAUGAAGAUUCUGUACACAUGCACUGUACAUGUUUCUUUAAAUGAUAGAGAGCCAAAAAGCUGAAAAAAUUACCCCUAUUACUUUAUGUGUAAUGAUAUAUGAGAUGUUAACUGGUUCUUGUAAAUUCUUGCUUUUUGCCUCACUGUCUGUACAGUAAUUAUAAAUUAUCUGCUAAACUUUU